AUGGCAUCCACAACUAAGAGAGGGUUCCUUCGUCGUGAAGGCCUAUACAUCGAUCCGAUCAUAGCCGGCCUACGAGGAACGAUCCUACACCCUCUUGUCUCAUUGACAGUACUGUUCUUGGUGCAUGGACGAGGCAGCCUAAGCGCGGCUCAUGAGCGGCUCAUCCAAUUCACCGCUGUGUCCAGCACCCUUCUAUGGCUUAACGACUGGCUCAAUGCCAAAAGUCGAAACAACUGGGUCCAGGAUGAUACUUGGGGUUGGAAGAAAGAGGUGGUUGUGGUGACCGGGGGUAGCAGCGGUAUUGGUGCAGGCGUUGUUCAGCGUUUGGCUGCGCUGGGCACAGGCGUCGUGGUGUUGGAUAUCGCUCCCUUGACAUAUAAGAUUGCACCAUUCCUCCUGACGAGAGAAUCCCUUCCAUUCAUGAUUCAGCAAAAUCACGGGCACAUCUUCAACGUUGCUUCGGUGAGCGCGUAUAUCCCCCCACCAGGACUUGCGGAUUAUGCAGCAUCAAAAUCUGGAUUGAUAGCAUUUCAUGAGGAAAUGUUCAAAUUACUGAGUUUCACGAAAACGCCCCUGUUUAAGGGAGAAACGAAUCAAUCUCACUUCCUAACGCCGCUUUUACAUGUCGACACCGUCGUGGACGCUAUCGUGGAAACGCUGGACAGUGGCUUAAGUCAGACAAUUUUUCUCCCGGGGAUUUUUGCAUACUGUGCCGGUUCGCGAGGAGCCCCAGAUUGGUUCCAGAAUAUAAAUCGAAACGGCACCAAGUCCCUGAAAGUCGAUUUCAGAGGCCGCCAAAAGAUUGACCCAAGAACCGGAAAGCUUGUUUGA